AGACCUCACAUAAUCGAUAAAAUGGCGAGUGUAUCGCCGCCAAAGCCGUGGGAAAGAGCUGGACCUGCGGGCGCAAGCACAGCAUUAUCCGCAUCCGCAUCAGCGGGAGCAGCGACAGGCAAUUCGGCCUCGGCUCCUCCAUCCGUCGCAUCCUCAUCUACAUCUGCCCCAGCCAUACCCGAACGGCCCUCCACCCUCCAGUCUGCUGUAAAUAGAAAUGCAUCGGCAUACUCGCCUUACGGCGCGAGUGGCGUUGGGGGUAUGGGAUCUCCAUAUGGCGGAAUGGGUGGCGGAAUGGGGUCAGCAUACUCCUCGCCGUAUUCGAGGAUGGGAGGAAUGGGUGGCAUGGGAGGCAUGGGAUAUGGUAGCAGCAUGUAUGGAGGUAUGGGAGGCAUGGGUGGAAUGGGAGGAUACGGUUCGAUGUAUGGGGGUGGUGGGAUGGGGGGAUACGGCGGGAUGCCAGAUCCAAACAAUCCAAACAGCUUGACACAAGGCUUCACCCAGAGUACUCAAGCUACGUUCCAGAUCAUCGAGGGCAUCGUAGGUGCCUUUGGAGGCUUUGCACAGAUGCUCGAGAGUACAUAUAUGGCUACACACUCCAGUUUCUUUGCAAUGGUAUCCGUUGCAGAGCAGUUUGGAAACCUCAAAAAUACUCUAGGUUCGAUAUUAGGGAUCUUUACGAUUCUACGCUGGCUACGGACACUGUUUGCAAAGAUUACUGGACGACCACCUCCAGCAGAUGCUACAUCUCUUACACCUAGCGCCUUUGCCUCAUUUGAGGGCCGCAAAUUCCUUCCAGAUGGUAGCCCAGCUCAACAACCACGACCGAGCAAAAAGCCUUUCCUCUUCUUCAUUGCAGCCGCUUUCGGUCUUCCAUACUUGAUGGGUAAACUUAUCAAAGCCCUAGCGGCAUCUCAAGAGGAAGAAGAGAGGCGCCGUCUAGCAGCUUCUGGCCAAAUGGGACCAGAUGGGCAACCUAUGCCGCAAUUUGAUCCUGCGAACCUCGAAUUCUGUCGUGUUCUGUACGACUUCACACCCGAGAGCGGAGCCGCAGUUCAAGGCGUUGACUUGGAGGUGAAGAAGGGCGAUUUGGUUGCUGUGCUAAGCAAGAGCGAUCCGAUGGGGAAUCCAAGCGAAUGGUGGAGAUGUAGAGCUAGAGACGGUAGGAUGGGAUACUUGCCCGGAGUUUAUCUCGAGGAUGCGAGAAGGCCGGGGCAAGCCGUUGCACAGAUUAAGAGUGCGAGCCAGAGUGGGACCCGAACAAACAGCAUGACUAGUCAGACUGCUAAAGGUCCGGCUGUCCCUGGAAAGGCGGGAGAUAUGAGCGUUGAGUCUUUCCAGAAGAGCCAAUUUUAUUCGUAG